CAUGAGAGUUGAAGCAUUUUUCAACGGUUUUCCUCUUAAAGCUAUUUGUGUCUGUCACUGUGGAAAUGCCAAGAGACACAGGCAGGGAGUCAGGUAAGGGUGGAGGAAGUACCGGGAGUAAGGAGAGAGAAGAGCAGUGGAGGAGGAGCAGUGCGGGAAUGAUUGCAGCUUCAGACAUGAAGCUAUCAAGUCUGAACUGGAGAGAAGAAGGUAACUGCUGCUCAGAGAGGGAGAGAUAAUGACUGAAGGUCGGUCUCAAGUCUGGGACUUUUAAAAACCCCCAUGUAACAAAAUCCAUGUCUCUACAGCUGGGACAAGAGUCACUUUCUGUCUCCAAAGAAAACAUCCAAGAAAUAGUUACUUGUGAAUUUGAACUGCGCACCAAACGUGGCUUUAAGUGUUCUGAAUGUGAGUUGAGCCCAGCCACUCAAUGGUUUUAUUAGGUCUGCACUGCUGGCUUCAUAUCAUUCUUUUAAAGCUGUUGAUCCAGGUGAUCCUGCUCCCACACUGGCGUCCACUGCGAAGCUCCCCCUCCCUCCCCGCUCUUCACUGGGUCCGGAUCAGGGAAGCUGCACCCGGCUGGCUGCACGCAUCAUCUCCAGACGUCAGAGCGUCAAACGGAGCUCGAGCUCUUUGGGAUUCAAAAAAUAAAAAAAUAAAAAAUGCGAUCAAAACGCAUGCGUAAUAUCGAACAGACGCCUCGGGGGAGUCGGAAGCGGGCUAGUUUCACAACACCGGCCUCAGAGGACUGGAGGGACAGCUGCCUGGUGCGCAGCGAGCGAAGCAGCGAGGCUGGCGCGUAAAAGCGCACACGAAGAAGACUCGCUGUCCGUUUCCAAGGCAAUGCGACUUUUAGAGGACACGUGGGCAACUUUGUUUUCGGACGUAUGGCAGUGAACGUCACUUCAGGUCUGCUCUCAGAUCUUGAAUAACAGCUGAUGGAGCCCGUGAUGGCCGUGAUGAACCACGCCGCCUACCGCGACCCAGCGCACAGAAACCUGGGCAUGAGGCAGAUCUCAGCCUCGCGUCACCUCCGGCAGCCGCUGCAGCUCGACCGUGACGGACUCGCAGUGGGGCACCUUGGAGUGGCCGAUGUUGCGCAUUCAGUCGGGAGCGCGCAUGUGAACAUUGGGAACGUUGACAGUAACGUGGUGCGUCACGGAGCGCGCAUCUAUUCCCACUUUCCAGGCCCCAGCUGCUCCGCGGCUUCCCCGGGACAGCUGUCGGCCAGCAGGCACCUGCAGAAACUCAACACGCAGUUUCGUAACGGGCAACCCGCGUCCCGUCAUCCGAGUCACAUGCACGAGCCACAAACUGACAGCGACCCGGAGCGGUUUGGAGACGACAGCGACCCGGCGCACUUCGGUGCGCCCGGGUGGCCUCCGGCGCCACAACAGGACCACGUCCCCGGAAUAGACUCUGAUCUGGUGGACGAGGAGGUUCUGAUGGGUCUGGUGCUAGAGUUCGGUUUGGACCGUGUGAAGGAGCUCCCGGAGCUGUGGCUCGGACACAACGAGUUCGAGUUGGUGGCGGACUUUGUGUGCAAGCAGCAAGCCAGAGUGAGCUGAGCUGCGGCAGAGUGACCUCAGCCUGCAGCCUGCGGGGUUACUGACCGACUUUCAUUUCAAAGUACAAACGUACACAUUCAUUUAGAACUGCCAGAGCGGCGACUUUCUGAUGCAUUGAUGAUAUUUCUGGUCAAAUCAUCCAUCUGUUGAAGUCAAAUUGUUUCCCACUGUUUUUAAGUUUACGUCACACACUUUCUGCCUCAGCUGUGCAGAGGUUAGGCUACAUGGUCUGGAUACUUAGUCAUAAAAACAUAUUUGAAUGCAGCUUGAAGAGGAGAACCAAAACCUGAAAUGAGAACUUGUACAUUUGAGUUUACAUUAUUUGUGUAUUUUCAAAAGGUCAUGUUCUGGAUUUUCACAUCCUAUGGAGUCAAACAAACGGACCCCAUAGAACAGACCGGUUUCAGACCUGAUCUCUGUAGCAGCCAUCGGGCGCACAUGCGCAGGACACUGAACCCUUACCUGCUCACUGUGGAAUGCAAAAGGAGAUUUUACUUUCAACAGCAUUCAAACAUGUACACAUGUAAAUAUGUUCUGUGGAGCUUAUUAAGCUGCAAAAAGUACAGGUUUGGCCUGUAGUCCUGAUACUGUGAGAUGAUGUGGAUUAUACAGUUUACUUAUUCUCUCAGUGCUCCUUCAGCAUGCUGCCUACUGUGGACUCCAACCUCUCAGUUUUUUGUACAUUGUUUGGUGAAAAAUCACUUUACUGAGACUGUUAUGUUUAAUCUGCAGUGAUGAAUAAAACAGCUUUUUAGAGAACUGA